CCGACUUCAAAAACAUUUAAAAUGUCAGCCUACAAAGAAAUGCUGGUCUUUGCAGCACUAUUUUCCAUCCUCGGACUGACCCAGUGCAAACAGUUGCAGAGCUUUGAUCUGCUGAAGGAGUUUCACGUGCCCGACUCGAGGGGAGUGAGGAUUGUGAACGGUUCUCAACCUGAGGCGGUGGCCUACCGGGUCAACCCCUCUGUCCAUCUGCGGAGGACCAUGAGCAAUGUGUAUCCAGAUGGACUUCCCUCCGACUACUCCGUCAUUGCAACUUUUAAGGUGACCAAGGACACUGCCAAGACAUCCUGGGACCUGUGGCAGGUCAGUGACCCCAAGGGUCAGGAGCAAGUUGGCCUGCGUUUCCAGGGUGACACGCGCUCUUUAGCCUUCUUCUACACCAGCCCCCAUGGGAGCCAUAUGCUGAGAACCUUCCACGGUGUGGAACAGCUAUUUGAUGGACAGUGGCACAAGUUGGCACUGAGUGUGAAGGGCAGCCGGGUGAAGCUGCUGAUCGACUGUGAGGAGGUCAGUGUGGAGUCCAUUGAUGAGCCGAGGCCAGUCAUCUACCGAGGGUACACCUCCAUCGUCAAGAGGGCUGCAGGGGAUCGCUCCAUGUCUGUGGACCUUCAGCAGAUGGAAGUGUCAUGUGACCCGGAGCAGGCUUAUUCAGAGGGCUGCUGUGAGCUCUCCAGUGUGUGCGGAGGAUACGCAGAGAUCGGCCUAACAGCUGGAAGAGCGUCUUGCAAAUGCAUGCACGGACAACCUGGUAUUCAGGGACCUCCAGGACCAAAGGGUCACAGAGGUCUUCCAGGAAAAGCCGGAGACCAAGGAAGACAAGGAAACUGGGGUAUCCGGGGAAACACGGGAGACUAUGGAAACAUCGGCGAGUCCGGCCAAAAGGGUGAAGAAGGAAUCAAAGGCGAGAAAGGAAUGAGAGGACUCUGGGGCCAAGUUGGGAGCAGAGGUCCCAAGGGGCUGAAAGGAUUAAGAGGGGCAGCCGGCUUUAAGGGAGUGCGUGGGCCAUCUGGAGACAUCGGAGAGACAGGAAACCCGGGAGAAACUGGUGCUAAAGGCGUCAAAGGACACGAAGGGAUUCCCGGAUUUCAAGGAGUUAAGGGAGAAAUGGGGACAAUUGGUGCCGCAGGGCGUGCCGGGCCCAAAGGAAAACAGGGCAUUGUGGGAGAUCCUGGAGAGAGGGGAGCGCCUGGAUUGAAGGGAAAGCCUGGGAUCCUUGGACCCAAGGGCAGAGGUGGCUCCAUCGGGCCCAAGGGCAUUGUUGGAGAUCCGGGCUUACCGGGUAGAGAUGGGGAUCCAGGAAUAGAGGCGUAUCAAGGACCACAAGGCGGCAGCGGAAAAUUGGGACGGAUUGGAACAAAGGGAGAAAAAGGCCUCCUCGGGCCAGCUGGUGAAAUGGGUCCCCAAGGCCGAACCGGCCCAAGAGGUUACAAGGGCUCUGCUGGGAAGCCAGGAAGACCUGGAUUUAUUGGCCCACCGGGACCGACUGGACAUGUGGGUGUGCCCGGAAAACCAGGGACCAAGGGUGACACAGGAACACAGGGAAUCCAAGGAGUUAAAGGUGAACAGGGCGAAAAAGGAGUUAAGGGGCCAAAAGGAAAGGUCGGAGAACAGGCGGAGCAGGGUCCUCAGGGAGGACGGGGGAAGCGCGGCCCGGCGGGCCCACCUGGAAGAUCGGGUCCCGUUGGAACGAAGGGGAUUCGGGGGGAGGGAGGACCAGAUGGCUUCCAAGGACCCACGGGUCCACCAGGCCCGACCCUCCCGGCGCAACACGUGAUCGAGGUUUGUCAGAAAGUGAUCCUGGAGCAGAUGUCCACCUUUGCCAACUCAGUGAAGAGGACUUGUGCUGCCGUCUGUCCCCUGUACGGGGACGUGCCCAUGGGUGCACCGGGUCCCACCGGACAGAAAGGAGCCCCCGGACCUGCCGGCGACCCUGGUAAUGAUGGUGUUGAUGGAGAAGUGGGCCUGCCAGGAUUCUACGGAGAAGUCGGGGAACUAGGCCGGAAAGGAGAAACAGGCGACAGGGGAGAGAAAGGUGAUAAAGGACCCAGGGGUCAUGGUCUACCCGGCUACUUUGGAGACCAGGGACCAAUAGGCCAGCGUGGACGUCCCGGCAGAGCCUUUAACGGGCAGCCAGGGAAGCAGGGUGAGAGGGGACACCUGGGCCGGCCGGGACUCAGGGGCCACGCGGGUCUCAGAGGACCUCCAGGGGUUUGUGCCGCCUCUGGGUGUGCUCAGCUGAACUCCACCAGCGCGACCCCUCAACCAGCAACACGGAGGUUGAGGAACCGUUCAUAGAGGAAGAAAAGGUCGACGGUUAAUUGAAUUUUGAGCUUAAGCGGCGAAAACAUGGUUGAUUGUUUUUUGUUAAUAUGUAUGUUGGUUUGACGUAAAUUAAAAUUGUCAUGUAAAUAUGCAUCCCAGCCGAGCUUAUGGGAAUGGUUUGAACUACAAAGAACACCUAUGUGAUUGGAAAAGUGGGAACAAAUACAUUUGUAUAAAAAGGCUGUCUGCGUUUUUAUUCAUAUUCAUAUAUUUAAACUGAUUUCACAAU